GGCCCUCGCAGGCCCAUGGCGGCGGCCGCGGCGCUCCCGGGCGCGGGGGGGCCUCCCGCGGGCGGCGGGGCCGGGGGUGGCGGGGGCGCGGGCGGCGGGUCGCCGCCGGGCGGCUGGGCCGUGGCGCGCCUCGAGGGCCGCGAGUUCGAGUACCUGAUGAAGAAGCGCUCGGUGACCAUCGGGCGCAACUCGUCGCAGGGCUCGGUGGACGUGAGCAUGGGCCACUCGAGCUUCAUCUCGCGGCGCCACCUCGAGAUCUUCACGCCCCCGGGCGGCGGCGGCCAUGGCGGGGCGGCCCCGGAGCCGUCGGCGCAGCCCGGGCCCGACGCGGGCGGCGACUUCUACCUGCGCUGCCUCGGCAAGAACGGCGUGUUCGUGGACGGGGUGUUCCAAAGGCGCGGGGCGCCGCCGCUGCAGCUGCCGCGCGUGUGCACGUUCAGGUUUCCGAGCACAAACAUCAAGAUCACGUUCACUGCCCUGUCCAGCGAGAAGAGGGAGAAACAGGAGGCGCCCGAGUCCCCGGUGAAGCCUGUGCAGGCUCACAUCUCACCGCUGACCAUCAACAUUCCAGACACCAUGGCCCACCUCAUCAGCCCCCUCCCUUCCCCCACAGGAACCAUCAGUGCUGCGAACUCCUGUCCUUCUAGCCCCCGGGGAGCAGGGUCUUCAGGGUACAAAAUGGGCCGUGUGAUACCAUCUGACCUCAAUUUAAUGGCCGACAACUCACAGCCGGAAAACGAGAAGGAAGCUUCAGGUGGAGAUAGCCCAAAGGAUGAUUCAAAGCCACCUUAUUCCUAUGCACAAUUAAUUGUACAAGCGAUUACAAUGGCUCCUGAUAAACAACUCACCCUAAAUGGAAUUUAUACGCACAUCACAAAAAACUAUCCCUACUACAGGACUGCGGACAAGGGCUGGCAGAAUUCAAUUCGCCACAAUCUCUCUCUGAAUCGUUAUUUCAUCAAAGUACCACGUUCCCAGGAAGAACCAGGCAAAGGCUCAUUCUGGAGGAUAGAUCCUGCCUCUGAAAGCAAAUUAAUAGAGCAGGCUUUUAGGAAAAGACGGCCUAGGGGCGUGCCUUGCUUUAGAACCCCUCUGGGACCGCUCUCGUCUAGAAGUGCUCCAGCCUCUCCCAAUCAUGCUGGAGUGCUGUCUGCUCACUCCAGUGGUGCCCAGACCCCUGAGAGCCUGUCCAGGGAAGGUUCACCAGCCCCUCUGGAGCCCGAGCCUGGUGCCUCACAGCCCAAACUCGCUGUCAUCCAGGAGGCGCGGUUUGCCCAGAGUGCGCCAGGUUCACCUCUGUCUAGUCAGCCCGUCUUAAUCGCCGUGCAGCGACCACUGCCACCGACGAUCAAGCCUGUCACCUACACUGUCGCCGCCCCUGUGACGACCUCGACUUCCCAGCAGCCCGUGGUGCAGACAGUUCAUGUCGUCCACCAGAUCCCAGCGGUGUCCGUCACCAGCGUGGCUGGACUGGCCCCAGCAAACACAUACACCGUCGCAGGGCAGGCUGUGGUCACUCAGGCAGCUGUGCUGGCCCCCCCGAAGGCGGAGCCACAAGAGAAUGGAGACCACAGAGAAGUAAAAGUGAAAGUAGAACCUAUUCCUGCGAUUAGCCAUGCCACAUUAGGUGCUGCUGGCCGGAUCAUUCAGACGUCACAGACCACCCCUGUCCAGACGGUCACCAUAGUGCAGCAGGCACCUCUAGGUCAGCACCAGCUUCCAAUAAAAACUGUAACACAAAAUGGGACUCACGUGGUGCCAAUCCCCGCCGCUGUCCACGGCCAGGUGAACAAUGCAGCAGCGAGUCCCCUGCACAUGCUGGCGACACAUGCAUCCGCCUCCGCCUCCCUGCCCACCAAGCGCCAGAACGGUGACCCAGCAGAGCAGCCGGAGCUGAAGCGGGUCAAGACGGAAGACAGCGAGGGUCUCGUCAUCGCCCUGAGUGUGGACGCGCCGCAGGCUGCCAUGCGGGAGAAGGGCGUCCAGAACUAGCGGCCGGGAGAGCAUUUCUCACUUUAACGUCAACUCUGUGGUGCCAAAAGGAGACACUGCCUCUCACCGACGCUCGGAGCGUGUUCCCUCGGUGGGUAGAGGGCCCUGCGGUUGGACUUCACCUCAGCACUGGAAACACAAACCCAGGUGGCCUUAAAACUCCUUAAGUUAAAAGACUGAAGUCACCCCUGAACAUCAGAACCACAAACAGCAAAGCCGGGCUCCGGCAGUGUCUCCCCGCCCAGCGUUCAGCUCAGCUCCCAGUAGAGACUCACGGUCCUUCCCAGGGAGGACACGCCCGGUGCGAGCAGACCUGCUGGGCCUGGGCCGGAGCCACCCCACCGCCCGCUGCCAGUAGACAAGACAGUAUUUUGUUGUUCACAUGUGGAAUUAGAAUAUUUUGAGGUGUACUUUCUUUCUUUACAAAAUAAUGGGGUCUUUGACAUUUCAGAUCACUCCAUUUCUACUCUGGAAAUUUUGGAAUCACACAGGACCUUUUGUGUGGAUUUCAUUUGGGGAGAAGCAGAAGCGUAGUUUUGUUUGUUUCUGUUGUUUGUUUUCAGCCUAUGGAAUGAUUUACUUUUGUCUGUCUUGUUUAAGUCAGAUGGAACUACUUGACAUCUGCAGAUUUCCCACGUUAGAGCAGUUACCUGAUGAAUUUAAUCCUCCAUUUCCACGUGUAGGACGGACAUACAGACGGACACCCCGCGGGCCACUUGUAACCCUGACGGAAAGCGCUGCCAGGCUCCUGGAGCUGCACUUACCCAUUUCUCUUUCUUGCUACUUUUUGUUGUUGUUUCUUUGUGUUGACUUUGUCCCUGGCAUAAUUUUCCACUCUAAGUAAAACAAGUCUCCUACGUAUUGUGUAUGUUUAAAACGACAGAACUGUUACUUCGUCAUUUGGAAAAAAGAUUCAAUCUUUUAUCACACACCUUUUUCAAGCAAAGGUCACAGAGUUCUCCGUGACACGUUCACUGUUUUAGGUGCCGUCCCCAGCUCUCGGCAUCGUCCAACCAGCCGGCCGCACCGUGAUGUUGUGGUUGCCCACUCACGGCAGAAGCAGCUGCUGGGGUGAAGCAGAAGCUGCCUGUUAACGCAAGGGUCUUGGAAGCAGGCACCCUCCGUCCGGUAAGCGUUGGAAACACCUAGGUUGCUUUUUGAUUUGUAAUAGGAAAUUCCCCUCAACCUUUUAGAACUGAAUCUAAUACUAGCUGAUUUCUCUCCUAUAAAAAAUAAAAGCGAGAGAAAAGGAAACAAAGGUGAGAGAAUGAAAAGUCGGAGGCCCGCUUGGCCUCAGCCUGCGUUCCUCUGGAAGAAAGCCACUCACCUUUCCAGAGGUUUCUGGGGUCAGAGCUGAGCAGCAUGCAAACAGAAAGAGGGCUCUGGCCUUAUUGUGAAUUUUUAAAUGUCAUCAUCAUAACAUUAUUUAUUUAAAUGUAGUUAUUUUGGUAUUUAAUUUUUUUUAAAGAGAGAAAAAAAAAAAAACCCCUGUAUUUUCCUGGUGGAAUGAAAUGGCUCAGAAUGGUAUAUUUAGGCAAUUUUAAAACAUUUAUUAUUUACCUAAAGACCAAAUAUGAUAAAUCUGUUCUAAGUAUUGUGUGUCAAUCCACGGUAUGGAGCUGUCGCAAUGUUACUGCAGAUUAUGCAUAUUAAAAUUAUGAAAUUACUGCACACUAGCUGGAUUUAUAACUCAGCCAUUUAAAACAAUAAAAACAAAACCAUCAUGUGAAUGAGACCACGUGUGUGACAGUAGCAAAGUCUAACUUGCAGACUGAAGCACGGACGGGCCAGAGCGCCUCAGGGCAGCAGUCCGCAUCUCCCAGGCACUUCACAGAUGCCUUGGAAUGUAUGUUUUUAUUUGUCUUUUUACACAGAAGGUUUGCGAUUUGAAAAAUAAUUCAGGUGUGAUGUGUCCUGUUGUGGGGUCGGGUCACUCCACUGAGUGCUCCAGACCUGUCGGUCACGGGCCACUGCAGCCCCCUGGCCGUGGGCUCUGGGGAGGUGAGUGGACACGACCGCCUUGGUAGGGAGGCGGCUCGGGCGGCACUAAGCAGGUGCCUCGCGUGUGGCCCAGGAGACGCAGCUCCACCACCAUCCUGAAAGGCCAGGUAGACUUUCCCUGUGUAAGCCCAGUCUAUCAGUUGAUUAUUUCUGAGCCUAAAAUGUCGACUUUUUGGGUUUGGAGGGAUUGAUUUCUGCUGGGUUUAUAGGUAAGAAAAGUACCGUGUUCUCAAAUCUAAAGGGAGAAGGAUAGUGUUUGCUUCUGGGAGCUAAAGCAUGUCUUUUUCAAAGGCGAGGCGUUCUCUUUCCUUUUUCCUGCUGUCUUGGCUCAUUCAUUGGCACAUAGAUAUUUAAGAAUAUCAUGGAAAAGGCAGGGGGAAAAAACAUAGAUUAACAAACUGCCGUGUCCUGGGCAGUUUUUAAAAUGUUAGAAUUUAGCUGUGAAUCCCCUUCGACACCUGGGAGUCACUGGGCUUGUGCCCGUGGCCCCACUUGGUGCCCGUGCUGCGCCAGCAGUCACAGGGCACUGCCCUCCCACCCAGUAGCCACUGGUGGCUCCUACAGGUGUCAUUUCAGCAGGUCUCUGCUUUGACCUUUGCCAAACUUCUGAGCUCCUUCAGGGACGACAAACUUCAUUUCAGCAGCUUUGCCCCGAACCAGACAAAAAUACAAAAAGGAAACUCACAUGUGAUCCAAGUGAUGUGGCGUAUCCCAAGGUGUCUGUGCAUGAUUUGGGGUUGAUCUUCCUCUCGUGUCAGUAGAGUCUCCACUCAGACAGUUGAGCUCCUUAAAUGCAUCACCCCUCACAUCGUCCUCUCCUAGAACAACAGAGUAGGCGAGGCCACGGUCGGAAGGGGGCGGGCGUGUCAGGACUUGGGAUUUCUGUGCUAUGUGACUACAAGGAGACAAGUGACAAUCUUCAAGUCCUAACCUCCACUAUUCUAGAAAGGAUAGUGGUGAUUUGUGUGCAAAGGUUUGAAAUUUUAAAAGUACCAAGUUCCUGAAAUUCAAUAAAAUAUUUUUAUUAAUUUUAA